CACGCCUUGAUCAGCAGCGCGCCGCGCGGAAUCCAUUGCCGCAUCGGAAGUCAUCGUGCUCCUCCAGGCAGGAAAGACUUCUCGAGCUACGGGCAGAUGUGCGCGUGCUGUUGCUUACAUGCUAUUUUCUGCAGCCAUGGCAAAUGUAGCAAGGCCCCGAGCGGAGCCUGGACCGAACGGUAAUGAAGUUAAUUGAGUUAUAUCUCUUCAUGGGCAUUCCCGCGCAUGGCAGGUUGUUGGCUACGUCGGGCAACAGUUUCUUAGAUGGCGUUUCACGGCAGACUGCUUCACAGGUGUGGCCGUGGUCGGAUUCUUCUUCUGCUGCAGAGGAGGAGAACACGCAAGAGGAUACCGCGUGGACGGCUCCGGGCAGCCCGGCGAGCAACGAUUUCACCGUGGUGGACGCUCCCCCCGAAGAGGGAAGUCAAGAUAUCGGGUGGUGGGGGGCGCCUGGAGCAGAUGAUUCUUCAGUGGCGAAGCCCUCCGCAGGAGAAUCGGCGGGCGAUUCUAAGGCACCGUCGUCUAGUCCCGCCAGCUCGUGGAACCCACUGAGAGCUCUGACUGGUGAGGGCGACGCGGGAGCAGGCGGUCAUCAGGAGGAUGAUGGCGCUGGGUCUUGGCCGAAGACGAACGUGACGGGUGUUGAUAUGCCGUGGGGCGGCGAUCAUGGUGGGGAUUGGCCGCAGUUGAAAUGGCCAGGCGCAUCGCCUACGACUGUCGCUCCCUCGACGACCACGGGGACCACGAUCACGUCAACGACCAGAAAACCGCCUUGGAAGAUUCCCGAGGAUCAUACUCAGGAUCGAUUGCACGCGGAGUGCAAGGAGCCGAAGGAGUACAAGAGGACCGAUUACGCGGGGGCAUUCGGCCCGGAGAAGAUCUUCUGCUGCCGCACCGCCCUGCAGGUUGUCGAGGACAUCAAGUACCGCUGCACCGAGGAGUGCACCGACGCGCACCCGUGCUGGAAGUCCAUGGAGAAGAAGUACUGCCCGAUGUACCUGAAGGCGUACCAGAAAGAGGCGCGAAGAUUAUGCGGAGCACGCCCAACAACAACUACCACCACGACCACGACUACGACUACGUUUACGACAGAUCUUUUUGCCAAUGUGAAGAGCCCUGAGGAUAUUCAUGUUGAUAUAGGCUUCAGAGGUGGGACGCCAGAUCCCCUACAAUGGUGUUACGACAUGUGCGAGCAGAGCGUUCAGGAAGUACACGGAGACAUACCUGGGAUGUGCGAUCAGAUCGUGGACACUCUGUGCAAGUCCUUCUGCGAGCGAGCAGGACAGUCUGGCGCUCUGCAUCCCGCGUGGUAUUCCCCGCCGCUGUUCCCGGCAACCGCGCCCGCGCUGUCUCCAGGCCCUGCCGUGCCGAUGGCGCCCUGGGCCGCGGCGCCCGUGCCCGUGCCGCUGUCGCCGUACCCCGCGCCGCCGCCGAGCGCGGUCCGCGAGGCGAGCCCAGGGCCCUCCCCGCACCCAGCGGCCGCCGCGUCGCCCGCCGACGUGCCCGCGGCCAGCCCGGCCCCCACGGGCGCGCCGGCGCCGCCGGUCGCGGUCCGCCCAGCCUCGCCCGCUGCGGCACCAGCCCCGCCGCCGGCCGCCCUGUGGCAGAGGAGCAGCUGGACGAUCGACGCGUGAGCCCGCCGCCGGAGGAGUCGGACGCAGCAGCCUCUGAGGCAGCCCCCCCGGGAGGCAGGGCCAUCUGGGACUGAUUUAAAAUCAUAUCGGCGGAUGCUUGGGCUUCCAGUUUCAACCAGUGAACAUGCUGGUUGUCUUCCUUGCUCUGCAAGGGGUGCAGUGAUUGCGGCGAGAGCGCUUGCUGGCGGUAGGCCCUCGCGAUUUCGACUGUGCGCGCUUAGCUGUAUACUCUGCCGGCGGCAGCGGGGGCCGCUUGCCAUCACUGGAA